CGCCCCGCGGCGCCCCCCGGUCCCGCCCGCCAUGCCCGGCCCGGCCGCGGGCAGUCGGGCCCGGGUCUACGCCGAGGUGAACAGCCUGAGGAGCCGCGAGUACUGGGACUACGAAGCCCACGUCCCGAGCUGGGGUAAUCAAGAUGAUUACCAACUGGUUCGAAAACUUGGUCGGGGCAAGUAUAGUGAAGUAUUUGAGGCCAUUAACAUCACCAACAAUGAGAGGGUGGUUGUAAAAAUUCUGAAGCCAGUGAAGAAAAAGAAGAUAAAACGCGAGGUUAAGAUUCUGGAGAACCUUCGUGGUGGAACAAAUAUCAUAAAGCUGAUUGACACUGUAAAGGACCCUGUGUCAAAGACACCAGCUUUGGUAUUUGAAUAUAUCACUAAUACAGAUUUUAAGCAACUCUACCAGAUCCUGACUGACUUUGAUAUCCGGUUUUAUAUGUAUGAACUACUUAAAGCUCUGGAUUACUGCCACAGCAAGGGAAUCAUGCACAGGGAUGUGAAACCUCACAAUGUCAUGAUAGAUCACCAACAAAAAAAGCUCCGACUGAUUGAUUGGGGUCUGGCGGAGUUCUAUCAUCCUGCUCAGGAGUACAAUGUUCGAGUGGCCUCGAGGUACUUCAAGGGACCAGAGCUCCUUGUGGACUAUCAGAUGUAUGACUACAGCUUGGACAUGUGGAGCUUGGGCUGCAUGUUAGCGAGCAUGAUUUUCCGAAAGGAGCCAUUCUUCCAUGGGCAGGACAACUAUGACCAACUUGUUCGAAUUGCCAAGGUUCUGGGGACAGAUGAGCUGUACGGAUAUCUGAAGAAGUACCACAUAGACCUAGAUCCACACUUCAAUGAUAUCUUGGGACAACAUUCACGGAAGCGCUGGGAAAACUUUAUCCAUAGUGAAAACAGACACCUUGUCAGUCCUGAGGCCCUAGAUCUUCUUGACAAGCUCCUGCGGUACGACCAUCAACAGAGACUGACUGCCAAAGAGGCCAUGGAGCAUCCGUACUUCUACCCUGUGGUGAAGGAGCAGUCCCAGACUUGCACAGAGAACACCGUGCUUUCCAGUGGCCUCACCGCAGCACGAUGAAGCCUGGGGAAUCGACGGUAAUGCGGCACUGAUGCUUGCCAAUAAAACCAACCAAACAAACAAAAACUUGAAGGAAACUACAGUGUGAUAAACAGAAAUUCUAAUCAUUCCUUCUAAAGGCAAAGAAGAGUAAAGACCUAAAGCCUGUCAAAAGCAAGAAACUCCCCAGUACUAGUCUGCAGGGAGCUGCGCUGUACAGUGUGGCAGUGCACAUAGUUGAGGAUCUGAGGGGACUCUCCCUUUGGAAUGCAUGGGAGAUGAGAAGCUCGGAGUUGUUGUACACGUACCUGCGUUUAACAGGAUACCACUGUUGAAUUAAUCCGUUCGGUCAACAAGCUCUGAAUAUCUGACUUCCUAUCUA